CUCAACUUAAUGAUUCCGUUGCUAACGGAAUAAAUAUGAAUUAAAGAAAUUUUACAAAUAUUUUGUAAUUUAUUGUACUGCCCUUUCUUAUCUUUUGCGUAUCCUCAAGAAAUACAAAUCAGUACAUACAUAUCACAGAAACUAUCUAAUAAAAAGCAGUCAAAUUACACCUGUAAUGUAUUUUUGCAGAAGGAUGGAUAGCAAUGUUAGUCGAAAUGGGAGACUCAUUGACAUUGUUGACGGUGCAUGGCGUGAUGAGAAGCUCCCUGAUGAAUCCAUAGCCGUUCCUGCUGCGGAACUCCCAGAUCCUGAGCCAGAUAAUGGAAAUCCCCAAGAGACUCUUCGUGAGCAAGAGCAAAAGUGGACAGAUUUGGCCUUGAAUAAGAUACACAGAAUAACUCCUACAAUUCCUCUGUAAUAAUUUAGUUGUGUAUCUUGCAUCAGUUCUUUACAAUUAUUAAGAAUCAUUUGUAAAUAUAAAAGCACCAUUGAAAGUU